GACUGGAGCUAAACGGCUAAACUGCGCUGAUCACGCAGGGAACGUCCCUCUCUCGCCUUAUCGUGCUUUGUGAUAUCUAUAGACUCGAUUCGUCUAUGUGCUCUCUGUGAGAGCUGCACGUCCGUUUCGAGCAAGGAUGCGAUCGCCUUUAAGUGGUGGUCGAGCUGGUCUUGUGUAGCCGCCAUGCCUGACGAUAAUUUUGACCCGGAUAGUCCGCUGCUGGGCUCGACGGAGAGGAUUGUUCAACUGAGCGAACGAGAUGUAGCUGCACAGAUCCCGAUCAACUUCGUCACGCACCCCACCGUAUCCCUCGCGGCGGCGUGCUUCGGAAAUGGAGUAUACGAGGACCAGGCGGCCAAGGACUGCAUUUCCAAUCUCUUAGCCGUGGGAUAUCGUCGCCUCAUCGUUGAUCUCUACUGGUCCACGGAUCGCAGCCAAUGGACAUUCUGUCCGGUUGCUAUUCCGCUCAACGUCGCGGGUGCUACCAUGGUGUCUGCAUCAACGAUGGCUUCUGCGCCUGCAGCUACUCUGACGUCGGGUAAUAUGGAUGGCAGUACGACUACCGCUUCAUCGACAGCAUCUACCACCUCAGCAGCUAUACUUGAAGAUGUUUCCGAAACAUCCGCAUCUCAGGAGCGUCGUCGCGACCCAAGUGUGUCCACGACAGAUGCCUACACCGCGCAGACCACCGUCUCGAGUACGACUGACUCCUCGGGGUCACGGCUUUACAAACUGGGACCGUAUUCAUGUACACAGACCCUGGGGUUACAGACCAUGGUAGAUCUAUUUUACGAGUACUUCCGGGAUACGGAGAACACGCUUGACGCGUAUCCUCUUUAUGUCAUAUUCAACAUCCAUGCUCCCUCCGUUGCUGAUGCGCCUGAGAGUCCUGCGCCUUCGAUAUCGGGUUCAAAACUUCCCGCUAGUUCGCAGCUGAUCGGUUCAAUCAUGGAUGAUACUCUAGGGACAUAUGUGUAUAGCCCACCCGAACUGUACCACGACAGGGCCGAUCUGAAUCGCACUUGGUUUUCCGUCGUCAUCGACGACCAGCCUAUCACAGAGUAUUUCACUUUGAGAAAGAAUCGGGGUGGUUUCUAUAGCAGCCCGGAUGGCUGGCCCUGUGAGAACUACUUGCAGGGCGUGAAGGCCAAACGACUGCUGCUUGGAUGGGGAUCGGUUGAUCCUCAGAUGCAAGGGUAUAAUUUCACUGGCGAUGCCAGCCGUAUUUUCCCUCAAAAUUAUCUCACAUCCGGCAUCCAGACCACUUCUACUGGAGACAGGCUGCAGUCGGGAUGUCUCUAUAACCCCAAUACGAUCAGUGUGGCUCAGGUUAACUCUUCUUGGGCUGGCUCUAACCAGCUUACAGUUCCCAGUCUGGGAAACGAGCAGUUUUCUUUGGGAAAUCUUACCCUCCUCGUGCAAAACUUGACCGCCUGUGGAAUAUCCCCCACACUGAACACUACUCUAUUCGAUAAAACGGCCAAUACUCAAGUUGAUACAUACAGAAACGUGUCUCUCUCAACCACGUGGUCAUGGGCCGUUGGCGAACCACGCAAUGCCUCCUCUUCUGGCGGCGACGACGACGAUAACAGCGGCACCUACGAUCGAUGUGCAAUCAUGGACGUCACUCUUGCUGGCCAUUGGCGUGCCGCUGAUUGCGCUGCCGAGCGCUAUGUUGCGUGUCGUGUUGGGAAUGCCCCUUACAACUGGACAUUAACGGACAACAAGGUCCCAUAUACCAGCGCUACUGACGCCUGUUCUGACCAAGACGCCAGUUUCUCCGUUCCUCGAACUGGCCUGGAGAACACAUACCUAUAUUACUACCUGAUAACUCAGCGCAAAGACGCCAUCAACCCUUCAUCAGAUGAUGCCGAUAAACGAGAAGUAUGGCUGAACUUCAACUCCCUGGACGUCAAUUCCUGCUGGGUAACCGGCGGACCGAACGUCAGCUGUCCGUAUACCGUCAAUUCAAACGAGCUUGAAAGACGCACCGUUCUCGUUCCCACUAUCGCGGGUGUUGUCGUCCUGGUCAUUACUGCAUUGACUUUAUUCGUCAAGUGUAAUGCGAACAGGAGGAACUCGCGAAGAAAGAAGAGAGUGAUUGAGGGUUGGGAAUACGAAGGUGUUCCCUCGUGAUCUCAUAUCUUCUAUACAUACAGGUAAGGGAAAAAAAGAAGAAGAAAGAAAAAGAUGUAUUUUUUUUAAAAUGGAUGGGGCUAUCUGAUUGGUUCCGGGCGGUUGAUCGGUCAUUUGCAUAGGAUGGGAUGGGAUGGGGUUGGAUUGCAUGAUACCAUUUUCAUAUAUAUAUGAUCUGUAUAUAGAGUAUACGUGGGGCGGGGUGUUUUAGGCUGACUUUCUCUUUAUUUCCGC